AUGGAGUUUACGAAAAAAUGGGCAGAUAGCCCCUUCAAACUACUCUCAACUCCGAGAAGAUCGUUAGAUGGCAAACCCGAAUCUUUGGCAUCUCGUAAUGCGUCAGAAAUGGCCUUACUUCAUAACAUUCUUCUCAGAGGUCUGAAUUGCAUUUAUAUCCAAGCGCCCAACGUAAAAGAGACCGUCGAUAUAGCAGAUUUUAUGAAAUUCUGCGAUGCAUGGUCUUCUAUUCUUCAUUCCCACCAUGCCGCUGAAGAAACUGUCUAUUUCAAAUUACUCGAUGAGCAAAGUUCCAGAAAUGACGUUUUCACUAACAACCAUAAUGAGCAUGAGAAAUUUCUUCCGGGCUUGUUUGCUUUCGAUCUUUAUGUUUCGGGAGUGAAAGACGAUGCGAAACCCUUUGAUGGAUUCAGAUUGAGGGAAUUAAUUGAUGCUUUUGGACCUGAUCUGGAGAGUCAUUUACAUCACGAAAUUGGCGUCCUAGUGGAUCUGGAAAAGGAUGAAUCGAUCAAUUGGGAAGAAUGUGGGAAGGCGAUGGCUCAACAUUCGAAGAAAAGUGCUGACAAAACGAGAGAUGUCCCGUUCUUAAUCACAAACUCGGAUGUGACAUAUGAAUCUGGUAUUCAUGGGCCGAGAUUCCCUCCCUUUCCGUGGUUUGUGGGAUUGAUAUUUAGGUGGAUAUACAUUCCGAAGUUGAAAGGAGCCUGGAGGUUCUCAAGCUGUGACGAUUAUGGGGUACCGAAGGAACUUCCUUUUGCAUGA